AUGUAUUUCCCUAUCAUAAAAUAUUGGGUACCAAUCAACUGGGCUCUAGCCAUUGUUUCUGAUGCGUUCAAGAAGACUUAUAUAGGCAAUCCCCCUUCCUUAACUUUGAUAAUAAGGGAAAUUAAUACAUUUCGUGCAGGGCUCGCCCUACUGUGCAACUACGACUGGGUACCAAUACCGAUAGCAUAUCCACAAGUGGUAUUCCUUGCUGUACGCUCAUACUUUAUCAUUUGUUUGGUUUCUCGCCAAUAUCUCAUAGGAGAUGGAGCGCCAACUCGUGAAAUGGUAUGUUUUCCCAAAAAGAAGGAAUGA